GUCAGGGCUGCCUGGUGGUGGGGGAAGGGACUGGGGAACGGGUUGAGAAACAUGCUCUCUUCCCUUUCCUCUCAGCCCACAACCUGCUGUUCAAUUCAGCUUCAGUUUUGACACAACUGUACAGCAUUUUCCAUCAUCCACUUUUGUGAGCCGUUAUCCCCUCCCCUGAGACUUGCUGGACCCCCUCAGCCCUGCCAGGCCGCAGAGAUGCAAGCCAUCAAAUGUGUGGUGGUGGGAGAUGGAGCUGUGGGUAAAACUUGCCUCCUGAUCAGCUACACCACCAAUGCCUUCCCAGGAGAAUACAUCCCCACUGUAUUUGAUAAUUAUUCUGCCAACGUGAUGGUGGACAGCAAACCUGUCAACCUUGGACUGUGGGAUACAGCUGGCCAGGAGGAUUACGACCGCUUAAGGCCCCUCUCCUAUCCUCAAACGGAUGUCUUCCUCAUCUGCUUCUCUCUUGUCAGCCCUGCAUCUUAUGAAAAUGUUCGUGCCAAGUGGUUUCCUGAAGUACGACAUCACUGUCCUAGCACUCCCAUGAUCCUUGUGGGCACUAAACUGGAUCUUCGGGAUGACAAGGACACCAUAGAGAAGCUCAAGGAGAAGAAGCUGGCGCCCAUUACUUAUCCACAAGGUCUUGCACUGGCCAAGGAGAUAGAUGCAGUGAAAUACCUUGAAUGCUCAGCACUGACACAGCGUGGACUGAAAACAGUGUUUGAUGAGGCAAUACGAGCAGUUCUUUGUCCACAGCCCACAAAGACAAAGAAAAGGGGAUGCAGGAUCCUCUAAGAUUUCAAAAUAGUACCCCCCUCCUCAUGAAUGAAACCUUCUCUGGGCUUUGCUGAUGAGAAAAACACAGAAGGCUUUGGCAGUGACUGGAUUCUUCUUCUGUACCGCUGAACACCAGACCAAAGUAGACCAAGAUCCUGAAAGAUGCAUAAACGGAUUUCCUGCAUAGCUUUUUUCAAAAUCAUAUAUAUAACAGCCACAAGGAGGGGAAAAUAUUUAGAGGGAGGGUUAAACCAUUUUUCUCCAUGUUGAUUUUUUUUCCAAUCUCAAAUGUCCCCCUAUGAAUUUAUAUUUGUCCACUGGGGGAAUGGUUGUCUUGUAUGUUUCCCACAAGUCAGCAAAAAAUAGAACUGAAGGGAAGUUUGAGGUCGGGAAAGUGGCUUACAGGGACCUAGCAGGGGGCUGGACUAGAUGGUCUGUAUGGCCCCUUCCAACUCUGUAAUUCUAUGACCUGUUGUGAACACAGAAUUAGGUAUCCCAAAGUUGCUGUUUACUACCCUUUGAGAGAUCCAUUCACUGAUUUCCCAGCAUCUCAUUUAAUUGACCUCUCAGCACUUUGUUCUCCAAAAUCUCUCUGCUCUUGCUCCAAAUAAUUAUAUAGCACAUAAGAUUCAAUAAAGCCAUUCUGUUCCUGCCA